AUGUCGCCUGAGACAGACGGCAAUGAGCACCUUCCAUUCGGUGUGACUGAAAACACCACCUUCUACCAUUGGAAAGACAACGACUACUUUCUUUCCAUCCGAGAUGCAGAGACGCUGAAAUACAUGACCGAUCAAUCUGGUUGCGCGAGCCAAUACUUUGUAUUUCUAAACGUAUCGAAUGAAAUCUUCAAUCUAUACUUCACAGACACCAACGAUUAUCAAUUCAACGCGGACUCAUACUACUUGAACGAAGAAGCGAUUGUUAUCAAAAUGAUAUCACCUAUGCACGAGACGGCCCAUUCUACAUUCUUUUCGAUUCUCGUUACAAAAUUGAGUGAUAUGAAGCUGGACAGGAAACUGCAAUCGCUUGCCGCCUCUGUAACGAAAGCGAACAAUCGUCAUAAAGAGCCCGAUCAAUCCUACAGGCCUUUCCGUCUUCCGAAAGGCCGCUCUCACAAAUGGCCAAGUUUGACUGUCGAGGUUGGCUUUUCCGAGUCGAGGACGAAACUGGCAAACGACGCCCGCUGGUGGCUUACAGAAUCGGCCGGAGAUGUGAAAGAUGUGAUCACAAUCUACAUCCGCAAAGUCACUAAGGAGAUAACAAUUGAAAACUGGAAUUUGGUUCCAGGCCCGAAUGGGCCCAUGUUUCCGCGAGUUACCUAUCGGACGGUUCUUUCUCAAAAGAGAGAUAGCGACGAUGUGAAAAUCAGUAACGAAGUGCCCAUGACAAUUCCAUUCGAAAAUCUGUUCCUCCGCCCUGCAGAAGGACCAAUCGAGAGAGAUGUUAAGUUUGAGAAGGAUGACUUGAAGCACAUUGCGGAUUGUGUAUGGUAUGAACAAGAUUAUCCUGCAUAA